AAUAGGGUCAGUCUUAACUCUCACAUUCACCGCGAAUCUGUCAAAAUUAUUUUGAUAUUUUAGGAAGUUUAUUUCGUGCCAAAAAAAAUUCUUCUGUGAAAAAUGUAUGCUGCAAUCUUUAUUUCUCUUGCAUUUAUCGCAACACAAGUUGCAGCGAAAAUACCCUCUUAUAUUAACAUAUGCGGCCGCAGAGAUCCGAACCUCGAUCAAUGCAUUAUAAACAAUGUAAACAAUUUGAAAAGUAAGAUUUGCGAAGGAAUCCCGGAAUUGGACAUUCCAUCUAAUAAUCCAAUCGUCAUUGACGAAUUAUCCAUUUCCAAUACAACCAAUACCAAAAUAUUUUUGAGAGAUACGAAAGUGGAGGGAGUUUGCGAUUUCACCGUAAAAUUCUUUCAUUUUGAUUUAAAUACACUUCACUUUGAUGUUAAUAUCUCAUUCGGUCUGAUUCGAAUGAAUUCCACAUAUGAUUUUGACUUACAUAUACUGGUACCCUUUGCUGGUAAGGGACAGGUUUACAUUACUACAGAUAACGUCGACGCGCAAGCGACCAUAGAUCUGAAAGUAGCUACUAAAGGCGGUAAAAGAUACAUGUAUAUGUCGAAGAUAAAGCUGAACCUUGAUAUCAAAGGAUACGAUGCUAAAUACAAUGAAUUGAACGAAAGGGAAUUGAGUCAAUUGAACGAAAUUGUUAAUAAUUUUAUAGGCAACAAUCAAGAGGAAGUUAUUAAAAGCUUUAAGCCGGUAAUAGAGGAAGUAAUUUCCAAACGGAUCUUACUGGUUUCCAAUGACAUAGUUAAACAUUUUACCUACGAAGAACUCUUUCCGGACAGAACUUAAAUGAAAUAUUACUCCAUUCCAUCUUUAUUGUUGCGGUAGCAAUUAGUUAUUAAUGAUUAUAUAUAUGAUUAUCUACCAAAAAUAAAACUUUCUUCGUCGAGUUUAAAAAUGUAAUAGAUUUUAAUGUUGUAAUUAAGAACAACCUUUUGAUAAUGUAAUUUGAAGUUUAAAGCAAUUAAAAAUAUUUUUUAUUUUA